GUAAAAGAUUGCUUGGAUUAAUUCCCGCUUUACAGACAUGUUUCGGUCACACCUUACGUUACAAAGUCCAGUUUACAUUGUAAAAUUUCUGGUUUGGCCAGUUUAACCUUUCAGUGACUCGUCAACCUUUGUCCACUUGUCUUUGUUGUCUACUACAAUUCAGAUAUUAUACCUUGUUCUUUGCUUCUUCCAACUUUAACUUUUUUUGAAAAGAUGAAUACAAAUGAUAAUAAUUGCGAUAAAACUACAAUAAAAGUGCAAGUAUCGGAUGCUUACCGAGACAUUAUUAUAGACUGGUCAAAGGAAUACAGUGAUAUAAAGAAAGAAAUGUUCAGACAGGUGGCAGAAUUCACUGGAAUAUCAAUAGAAAAGACUAUGUAUAUUUCAUUUUCGAAGCCACCUGUUGGAAACGAUGUUUAUCCUGAAAACCCUUUUGUUGGGCGUGCUGAUGAUCGAGCAAGUUUGCUCAUUGAAAAAUCAUACCCCGGAUCUGAAGAGAUACCUCAAGGUUACUAUCGAACGUGUACGAAGCAAGAUUACAGAGAUAAAUUCUUUAGAGAUGGCGAUUGUUUUGCUCUCAAUACAAAAAUGGGGAUGUACCCUAGUCUGGAUGGUUUUUCCGUACAAUAUAGAUUAGUUCAUAAAGAUUUGAUUGAUGAAACUGAAUGCGACCAGUGGUUUUGCCAUCAUAUAAGUAACAAAGCUUACUUGACUAAACAAGCUAAAAUAACCAAUUCAAAUAUUGAAUCAUAUCUAAGAGAUCAGCCUCGUCCAAAUGUACGCAAUCGUAUCUAUGACGACGAACUUCAUGCUGUUGUCUCUACUAGAGAAAGGGAGAUUCAUGCAGAUUUGGAUAUUGGACAAUAUUUUAAUUCGUAUUGCUCAUUCUCGCAUGAUGAAAUGUUUCGUACAAUAAGACCUCGUAUCUACUGGCCGAAUCGUGGUUAACUUAGAUAAAUUUAACCAAAAGUUUAUCUAAUCUGGCAAUGAAAUCCUUUACAUUGAUCUAAGCAAGAACGAUUGUCCUAAUAAUACUGAUAAAAUCAUCUAAUAAUACUACCUUUUACAAAUUUGGACCUUCCUGUUCUCAGAUUGCAA